AUGUCCAAGGAACAGCAAGAGGAAAUUGUAGGCCCUGAGCCAAUCGCGGUUAUUGGUAUGGGCUGUCGCUUCUCAGGGGAAGCCUCGUCUCUGGAAGGCUUCUGGAACAUGAUACGGGAAGGUCGAACAGGCCAUUGCAAGGUGCCACCGAAUCGAUAUGAAGCAUCCGGGUGGCACCACCCUAGUCACGAUCGGAAGGGAUCUAUCAACCAUGAUAGUGGAUUUUUCUUGGAAGAAGAUCCUUCCCGCUUUGAUGCCCCAUUCUUUUCCAUCACUGCGAAAGAAGCAGCUGGCAUGGACCCAGUACAGCGGCUACUGCUCGAAGUGGCAUAUGAAGCAUUUGAGAAUGGUGGUGUACCCAUGGAAAGUCUUCCUGGUAGCCGAACUGCAGUAUUUUCUGGGUGUAUGACAAAUGACUAUGAACUCUUGUCAACCUGUGAUAUGCAUGAUAUGCCACACAACUCAGCAACUGGCAACGGAAGGACUAUGCUAGCAAACCGAUUGUCCUGGUUUUAUGACCUGCGGGGCCCCAGUGUUAUGCUCGAUACAGCCUGUUCCUCUAGUCUGACGGCUUUGCAUCUAGCCACACAGGCUUUGCGGGCAAAUGAGUGUGAUACGGCUCUUAUAACGGGUGCUAGUCUCAUCCUUCAUCCAAAUUUCACACAGCGACUGUCCUAUAUGCACAUGUUAAGUGCGGAUGGUAUUAGCCAUUCUUUUGAUAAGAAAGCAAAUGGCUAUGGACGGGGUGAGGGCUUUGGUGCAUUGCUGUUAAAACCCCUCAGUAAAGCCCUGAAGGACAAAGAUGCCAUCCGCGCCGUCAUCCGCGCCACUGGUGUAAACCAAGAUGGACGUACUCCUGGUAUCACCAUGCCAAGCCGUACCUCACAGGCUGAUUUGAUCCGGACUGUUUAUGGGCCAGGCCUUCCGACUAUGCGAGAUACCGCGUACUUUGAAGCCCAUGGGACUGGUACUGAGAUUGGUGACCCAACUGAACUGUCGGCCAUUGGGGAGACUUUCGGCGCGGCCCGGUCUGCUGAUGAUCCACCCCUCUAUGUUGGGUCCGUGAAAAGCAAUAUGGGACACACGGAAGGUGCAGCUGGUGUAGCGAGUCUGAUCAAGGUUGUACUUUGUCUGGAAAAGGGUGUUCUUGUUCCCAAUGCCGGAUUUUCUGAAGUGAACCCAAAGAUUCUUCUCGACGAUUGGAAGCUUCGACUAAGUAAUGAGUAUAUACCCUGGCCCUCUCACCUUCCCCAGAGGGCCAGCAUCAACUCAUUUGGUUUUGGUGGCUCUAAUGCCCAUGCACUCAUUGAGAGUGCCUCCGAGUAUUUGGGGUCCGUUGAGGAGCCUCUUUCGGAAUCAGCAGGAAAGGUCCCACAGGUUGUUGUGUUUUCCACAUAUGACAAGGCCGGUAUUAAUCGGAUGGCCACCAAAUGGACGUCAUUUCUUCAAACACGGCUUGAUGCUGGCCAAGAUGAAUCUUUGCAGAGUAUUGCCCAUACUAUGGGUAUCCGCCGCUCCAAACUGCCCUUCCGCAGCUUUGCAGUGGCUGAUUCUCAGUCACAGCUUUGUGAGGUGUUGAGGAAGGGAUUACCGGAAUUCCCCCCGAGCGAGUCGGAGCACGAAUUCCAACCUGUCUUUGCAGAGAGCAUGGCACGUAGUCAGGAAAUUCUGUCCAAUAUUGGAUGCACCUGGGAUCUGAUCGAAGAAAUCAAGGCAGACGCCGCCUCCUCAAGGAUGAGUCAGCCAGACCGGAGUCAGUCAAUCUGUUGUGCGUUACAAAUCGCCCUGGUCGAUCUCUUGGCCAGCUGGCAGGUGCACCCCCGAGCGGUCAUAGGCCACUCCAGUGGUGAGAUAGGAGCGGCAUAUGCAGCCGGAUUCCUCACUCACCAGGAUGCCAUCCGCGUUGCAUAUUUCCGGGGCGUGCUGUCUCUACGAAUUGCCCAGAAUGGAAGACGAGGCGGCAUGCUUGCUGCCGGAAUCUCACCUACGGAUGCUGAGAAGUAUCUUGCCGACGUUCCAUCUGGAUCCGUUGUUAUAGCAUGCGUCAACAGUCCAGCAAGCAUCACACUGUCAGGUGAUGUCGAUCAGAUUGAUCUGCUGGAGAAGAAAAUUCAAGACGAUAAAUGCUUUGCACGCAAACUGCGGGUCGAGACGGCCUAUCAUUCUCCACACAUGUACGACCUCGCUGAUGAUUACGAAGCAGCUCUAAAGGAUAUUGAACCCAAAGAGGGUCGCCAAGGUACAGUUGCUAUGUUCUCAUCUGUCACCAAAGAGCCAGUACACGCGAAAGACCUGGGUGCUGCCUACUGGGUACGCAACAUGGUCAGUACAGUGGAAUUUGCGUCUGCUGUGUCGCAGUUGGCUACAAUGACCGAGUCUCGCAAAGGACGUCGCCGCGCAGCAGCUGUCAAAUGGAGUGGCUUCCUCGAGCUUGGCCCACACGAAGCACUUAAGGGGCCGUUCACUCAGACUCUGCAGUCUAUUGAUGGGACUCUGAUCACACUUCCAUAUCAAGCCUUGGUAAAGCGGAACACAAACGCCCUUCAGACUGGUCUCCAGGUGGCGGGCCUCCUCUGGAGCAUCGGCACAGCCAUCGACAUAGCGUCUGUUAAUUUGAGCGUCAAUGCCACAGACCCAAAGAUAGUGCAUAACCUGCCAUCAUACCCCUGGAAUCACCAAUCCUCAUUUUGGCAUGAGCCUUUGGUUUCGACUCGACUCCGUCAGCGCAAAGAACCCCGUCAUGAUCUAUUGGGUAUUCCGUGGGAUUAUCAAAAUGAUCUCGAGCCACAGUGGCGCAACUUCCUGCGGGUUUCUGAGAUGCCUUGGCUAGCAGAUCACGUGGUCGCCGGCUCCAUCAUCCUUCCAGCUGCCGGCAUGGUUUCAAUGGUUGCCGAGGCUGCACGUCAGCUUGCGGAGACCUCUAGGUCCCUUCAAGCAAUUGAGUUCAACGAUCUUGGAUUCUUACAAGGUGUUGUCGUUCCGGAUGAUGAUCGCGGCCUUGAAACAGUCCUGCACGUGGCACCGCAUCCUACUGUUCCCGGUUGGUUUGCAUUUGGGAUUUUCUCCCUGCCCAAAGAUGCGGCCUGGAUCAAGCAUGCGACCGGUGCGUUUAAUCUACACUAUGACGAUAGUGGUAAGCCGAUAGGUCCUCAAGACUGGAGUCGGAUUAUCGAGGAGGGUAGAGAUAGACAAGCUGCUGCUCCCUGCACAAAAGCCGACGACGUCUACGAGUGGCUCUCCAACACGGGAGGUGUUACACUAGGCCCAACAUUCAGGUCUAUCUCUAACAUAUCCUUCUGCGAGAGUGGGUGUCAACUGUGGAUUGACGGAAUUGUACCAGACACGCAGCGAACGGCGCCCUAUGAACGGGAAUCCGCAUACUUUAUGCAUCCCACCUCUCUCGAUGCCCUGUUACAAGCAGCAGUUCUCUCUUGCUCGGAUGGGCUUAGCAACCAGAAUGCCAAUAUUCCGAUCGGCGUUGAUAGGCUCUACCUUCCAACUAGCUUGGAUCUCCGAUCAGGCGAUCGGUUCACCAUCCACACGACCACCAGAUCCCAAGAAGGAGGUUCAUCCCGAUCCGACUCCAUAGCCUCCGAUCCUUCAUGGGGCCAUCCCAGUGUAGUUUUGCAAGGUAUCCAGCUUGGUCGCGUGCCGAUGGCCAAAAAGGCCGCUGCAGGCACGGGUGAGACUAGUAUGAGCCGCUAUUCAUCUAUUUCUUGGGCAGCGCAUCCGAUCUUAUCUGGCGGCGCGGGAGCAAGCCAAACCCAACCUGGCCAACUUUCAGACUGGGUUCAGGGUGUCUGCCACGUAUACGGUGAUGCUCGAGCGCUUCUCAUAACUCCCUCAAGUGAGAGCAGCGAGGUGAUGAAAAGUUUGCAUUCAUUUCUGCCAGGUGUUGGGCAGCGCCCGUCCUUGCAGGAGCUCAUGGUCAUUAUUGUGGUACCCGAUGCGCCGACGGAGUCUCAAAUUAUCGAGCUUCGAGAGUUCCUGCCCGGUGCACAGGUGCAGCAUAUCGAAACAAUGCAAGACCUCACUCCAGCUGCGCUUGAUGACAAGCAGUUUGACGUCGUCUUUGUAGACCACCCGAGUAUUUGGAACUCCUCAGAUAUGGAAGCCAGUCUUUCGUCAAUCUCCUUGGUCGCGCAACCAGACGGAUGCAUGGCACUCCGCACCUCUUCCAUCGAUAAGGAUGCUUCGAAAAACAUCAAAAACACACUUGGCUGGAGAUUUACGGGUGAGACUCAAGACGGUGACUUCGUCCUGGCAUCUCGUGAUAUGGGCCCUGUAUCUCUUGAUUCGACCAUAUUCUUGCUCACAACAGACUCGACGCCUUUGCAAGAGAAUCUCAAGUCCAGCUUGGAGCAAACAUUUGCCACGUUGGAUGUUGAAAUACGACAUGUUGAAUUGCAAGAGAUUGGCAAUCUCGCCGGCAAGAUGGUCAUAUCCUUGCUAGAGUUCGAGCGACCCUGGGUGUCCUCCUGGACUGCCAGCUCCAUGUCACAAUUUCAGGCCCUGCUAAAUGCCACUUAUAUCCUAUGGGUCUCGCCAUGUUCAACUCCGAUGAUGGAUGCCAGUGCUGCCGGAUUUGGUGCAACCACUGGUCUGCUGCGCACUUUGCGAAACGAGAAACGCGGUACACUUUUGCCCCAGCUACAGUUCAACCAAAUCGAUGCAGUCAGGGAUAAUUUCUUGGCUAAAGGGAUACUUCAAGUAAUGGAAAUGACACUAGCACCUCUUACUCGGUCGAGUCACGACCUCGAGUACCGGUUGCAGGACGGCCGAAUCAUGGUGCCAAGAGUGGUUGCUGCUGAUCAGGUGGAUAGGGCUAUUAAUACCUUGUUACAUGGCCCGCGCCCAGCUAUGAGUUGCCUGGUUGAUGAUACUCGACCUUUGCAAUUCAAGAUGGAUCCUCAAGACACCAAGCACGCUUAUUGGGCGGAAGAUUCAGCUCUGGCCGCUGCCCUCCCCGAAGAUCACGUGGAGGUUCAAUUGAAAAUACAGACGAUUAGCCCGGCCGGAAGCUCUGUGAAUUCUAGUCCUGAGGCACUACUGCGUGCCGUCGAAGCUGUCGGUACCAUCAGGGAGCUUGGAAGUAUGGUCAAAGGGAAUCUUCUGGUGGGAGAUACUGUUGUACUAUUGUCCCUUAGUGCUGAGUCAGGGCUCAGCUUGUCAAACCGCCUGCGAGUCCCUGCUUCAGCGGUUAUGAGGCUGCCAGUGGGAAUCACUCCUGAGCAAGCAGUGUCAGUACCUUUAGCAUACACGCUGGCCUAUAUCAGUCUGUUUGACACAACUCGCCUCGGUCCUAACGAUUCGAUUCUCGUUGUCGGAUCCAUUAGCCAGACAUUGCGGGCCAUCUUGAACUGUGCGCUAAUGAUCCCGGGGGUCCAAAUUUUUGUAGCAACAACAAGUACUGCAGAGCGCGACGAACUUGCCUCCCAGUAUCACAUUCCACCCAAUCACAUCAUGAGCAUCCACGGUGGUCUUGAUACCAAAGUUAUGCGUAUGACCAAUGACAAGGGUAUUACUGCCGUUGUUUCGUGUGUCAGUGGCGGACCUGCUCGUCUUGCUGCUAGCACUUUGGCCUACGGGGGCCACUUUCUUGACAUCAGUGGCCAAAUGAAAGCAGCACCUUUGCCUAACUCUUUCAUUGAGAAGUCUUGUACAUUCUCCGUUCUCAACUUGAACGUCAUAUUGCAAAAGCAGCCUGAGAAAGCUUACGACUAUUUCCGUCAAGCUUCGACGGCCCUCUGCUCGCACCGCUACCUUCAAGCUGGGGCUGUCUUUUCUGUUGCUGAUUGGAGUGAUGCAAAAGACCACGCUCUAAAGACGGGAUCGCGAGUGGCAAUCAACCUCGAUGGACCUGGUGAGGUACUGAUUGAGCCUUUGCAAGCGGCUCCUGUUCCUCUACCCCGAGAGCAUACUUUCAUUUUAGCCGGAGGUCUCGGCACUCUGGGCUUGGCACUGGCUACCACACUUGUUGAAAAUGGAGCCGGUCAUCUUGUAUUCCUUUCUCGCUCCGGAACCGUUCAAGAUGCAUUAAAACCCGCCAUUAAUGAGCUCAGCAGCAAAGGUUGCUGUGUUGAUAUCGUGCCCUGUGACAUUUCUAUAGAGGGGGAUAUUCAGCAACUGCUUUCAGAAGCCCGCGAGCACCAGUGGCACAUCAAGGGUGUUUUACAGUGCGCAACAGUGCUUCAGGACUCAAUGUUCGAGAAGAUGUCUUUCGAGGAAUGGAAAAAUUCUACUCAGCCCAAGAUUUUGGGAACAUUCAAUUUGCACCACCUCCUGCUGAACGAAGGACUAGACUUCUUCGUCACACUUUCAUCUGUUGCUAGUGUGAUUGGCAAUAUGGGUCAAUCAAACUACUCCGCCGGCAACUCAUACAUGGAUGAUCUGAUGAGCUGGCGACAAGCCCAUGGGCUCCCUGGAAAUAGUAUCAACAUCGGUCUUGUUCCCGACGCCAGCGGAGUUGGCGAUGUUUCCGAGUCACCCGAGGAACGUCGUCGGCGAUAUAGCCAUUUGGAAGGGACAGAAAUUCUCACAGACGAAUUGCAAGCACUUCUUCAGCUAAUUUUGCAGCGGCAGGUGUCUAUUCCUGCGCAAGUCCUUGCGGGGAUGACUGACACUCUGCCUCGUGAUGGAGGUGCGUCGUGGCUUUACGACCGCAAGUUCGAUCAUCGGGUUCGCCUGCUCCCCUCCGAGACAGACGAAGGCGUUUUGCGGACCAGUGGCUUGCUCAAGAGGUCGGCAUCUAUUGAUGAGGCCACCCAGAUCGUUAUUCAAGGAAUGCAGGAGUAUCUCGCCAAUGCGAUGACUGCUUCAGCUGACUCCAUUGACACAGAAUUGGCUCUCCCAGCAUUAGGCGUGGACUCUCUCAAAGCAACAGAAGUACAAAAUUGGGUAUCACGGGAGAUGGGGGCUGAGUUGUCAUCGUUCGAGUUCUUAGGAUCGCAGUCAGUCAGGGCUUUGUCGGAAAAGAUUGCCCAGCAAAGCUCGUUUGUUACUGUUCCAUAA